AUGGUACGAAGGGCCAAAUUUUCCGAGCGUGCUUUGCUGAAGUUUAUGGCAGAGUGCCAGAAGAAUAAGACACCCACGGCGAAGGCCAAGCGGGACGGUACACUCAAAUCAGCCAAGACGCUCGCCAGAACAAACCUGAGGAAAGCCUAUGGCAAACUGGGCAAAACCCCAGGCAAGGCACGGGCACGGGUGCAACACCUAAUCCAACCCAAGAAGGUUGGACAGUUCAUUGCACCUGCACCUGGAAAGUACAAGGAGGUCCGGGACAGGCCUGCACCCGUGCAUGUCCGAUUUGCCGAGACAAAUGUGGUACACAGUAUCCCUGCGACCGGAAAGGCCGCUAAGAUAUCAAUACCGGCCAUCGCGGCCCAACAGAAACAGGGCAAAUUAGGCCCAAAAGCAGUGGACCUGAGUACGGUAGUCCUGGGCUCGUUUGAUCCAUGGGUCUUCAGUCGCGACGUGCACGCAGCCGAGGACAGGGGUAGUCAGAAGGCGGGAGACAAAGCAAGGAACGUUAAUGAUGAGGAUACAAGUGACAGUAGCAGUGACGCGGAUAGUGACGACGAACGUUUUGCACUGCUGCCGGCGUUUCCGAUCAUGCAGCAGUUGACUCUUCCCAAGAUGCCCAGCCUAUCCACAACUCAAGACACCCAAUACGACGCGCUGCUCAAGUCUGAAGGGGAGGAUUCAGAACUCAUUGGUUGCUAUGACAACCUGCUGAAGCAAUUCCCUGCGCGUACAGAAGAUGGCCGGGACGAGAGUGGUUCUGUGGUGUGGGUGCCGAAGGGCCAUACAACUACUAUGAAGAAACAACCCCUCACCAAAGAACAGGCCAAGCUCGAGCUGGAAAAGUACGCCGACGCAUUCCGAGACGCGGAUUUCAGAAGCGGGACGGACAGUGAUAGCGACAGUGGCAAUGGCAGUGACAGUGAUAGUGAUAGUGACAGUGAUAUUGGUAGUAAUGAUGGCUUGGGAAAGGCUGGUAUUGGUACCAUGCUUGAUCGAGACAGGGAGAAUGCACGCGUGUUCGCACAGGCCAAGGCGUAUGAGAGCGGGCAGCAACGAUCUGCACGACAGAGGAAGGAUGAAGAUGAAGAUGAACAUGGAGACGAAGAUGAAGACGAAGAUGAUGAUGGAGAUGAAGAUGAAGAUGCGUAUGAAGAUGCGUAUGAAGAUGUGGCUGAUGAUGGCGGGUAUGCUACCAUUGAGGAGAGUGCGCAUGAGGGCGUGCGCAGGGCUGCAUUACGCACAGCCCAGGCCAUUCUGGAGAGCGGCAGGAAACGUCCACGAGCAAGCACCAGCGAGUCGGAAUCCGAGGCGGAGUCCGAGGCGGAGUCUAAGGGGGGUGGCCCUAAAGGGGGUGGCUCUAAGGGACAGGGCCAGCCCGACGAAGAUGAGACACCACUCUCACCCGAAGUGGUAGACUCGAUAGAAGCGCUGCCUUCGUACCCGCAAGUAUGCGGCAAACGGCUGCGGUUUGGCGAGGGCGGUGAUGCCGUGGAAGCUUACAACGAGCCUAAGCCAGUCAACCCAUUUGGAGAGGACAACCAGAAGUACUGGCACCAGAGAUACAAGCUGUUCAGUAAGUUUGACCAUGGGGUGUGGAUGGAUAAGGAGGGCUGGUUCAGCGUAACACCUGAGGCUCUGGCGGAAGAGAUUGCGCAGCGCUGCGCUGUGGAGGGUGUCAAAGUGGUGAUUGACGCCUUCUGUGGGGUAGGAGGCAACACUAUACAGUUUGCCAAGAUGUGUGAUAAAGUCAUUGCCAUAGAUAUAGACCCUGUUCGGCUCGAAUGCACGAAACAGAACGCGCGCAUCUAUGGAGUGGAGGACAAAAUCGUUUACAUCCACGGAGACUUCAUGCAACUGGCCCCUUACUUGAAGGCAGAUGCAGUGUUCCUGAGUCCGCCCUGGGGUGGGCCGGAUUAUCUCAAAGCCGAAGUGUUUGAUGUGAAGACAAUGAUGAGCCCAGACGGCUACGACAUCUUCCGCCUGGCCCAGCUGAUCACACCCAACAUAGCCUACUUUGUACCACGCAACUGUAACCUCGAGCAGUUGGUACAUCUCGCAGGCGAUGGGUUUGUGGAUGUCACAAGACAUAUGACAUUCGGGAAGGUGAAGGCUAUUACGGCGUUCUAUGGCGAUCUAGUAGUGGAUCCGUAUCUAGGGGAAAUCAAGGAUACGCACGAUGCCAGUAACCAUGGCGACAAAACACAGAGUUCGAGGAGCCGAAGGAGAAACAGAAACAAGAGACAGCGACUGAACGAGAAGGAGGCGGAUGAAAUUGGCCAAGCUGCAACUGCUACCGGUUCAGCGCAGCCGGACAAAUCUAUUAAUAGCCCGGACGAUGUGAUUGGUGCAGCGCAGCCGUACAAAUCUAUUAAUAGCUCGGACGAUGUGAUUGGCGCAGCGCGUUCGUCGGAGUCCGACUCAGACGGUUUGUUUAGUAGCUCGGUGCGGCCCACUGAGGCUGCUGCCAGUGCGGCUGAGCUGGCGGAGUUGGCUCUGGAUGAAUCUAUAAAUAGCGCAACCCUAGAACUAGAAACCCUGCGCGAUAUGGUGCUAGACGAGACCAUCAACAGCGCCGUCCAUGAGCUGGAGACGCUCGAGGAUUUGGUGGCGCGCGCGCGAGCGUUUGCGGGACAAGACGCUGUCGCCAAGGAGGAAUCCGACAAAUCCGACAAAUCCGACAAGUCCGACAAAUCCGGUACGGGCGUGACCGAGGAGGUGAUGUGGGGUACGGGCACGCUGUCUGACACGGAUAUGUACACACAGUCUGCGUCAUCCACACAGAAGGCAGCGGAUGCGCUGACCGGACAGGGCGGCGGCGAAAGCCCUGGCGACGAUGUGAGCGAUAUCACCAUCACGCACACACAUACGCACACGCACACGCACACACACACACUUGAAGACGAUGGAGUGGAUGUGGCGGGUGCGGAUGAGGAUGAAGGUGUGCACGGCGGUCUUGAGCGUGAUGAGAUGACUGCGUAUGGGUUUAGUGGGGCGCGGGUGAUCCAGGACAUCAACAGCCGCAGCCAUGCAGCGUUGCACACGUAUCUGGGGACGAGUGUGGGUGUGGUGUCUGCACCAGAGAGAGCGGGGGCGGGGGAUAGCGACCGGGACAGGGGCAAAGACAUCGGCGGUAACGGUGCGGGUGAGGGUGAGGGUGUAAGUGAAGCUGAGGAUGGGCACGUAGUGGAGAAUGGCAAUGGCAAAGAAGAUGAAGAUGAAUAUGAAGACGAAGAUGAAGGUAAAUAUGAAGACGAAGAUGAAGGUGGAGGUGAAGAUGAAGAUGAAGUUGAGGACAAACACGCAGCUGUAAUGGCAGUAGCCGACGGUGUAGGGAGUGACCAUGGCGAGGCCGCGUAUGGGCGCGGCUACUGCGGUCAGAGCGAGAGCGAGAGUGACGUGGAGGGCGAGAGUGGGCUGUCGCACAGUGUGUUUGAGGAGAUUGAUUCGGUGGACGACAUCCCGUCGUAUCCGAAAGUGUGUGGCAAGCGCAUGAAGUUCAGUGACAGUGACGACGACGGUACAGAGGUGGCGGUGGAGGCGAACGCCAACAGAGGGGUGGUGGCUGGGCACAAGGCUGUGGGGGAGAGCACAGGAGUGAAAGGCGGCGAGACGGGGCGUGGGAGUGAUUCAGGCGAUGAAGAGGAAGAAGAAGAUGGAGAUGAAGAUGGAGAUAAAGAUGAAGAUGAAGAUGAAGUAGACAGACAGGAGAUUGGAGAAGCAUAUGUAGACGAACAGCUACGCGUUGGUGAUAGGCAGAGCGGCAGUGAGGUCGAUUCCGGCAGUAACAGUAACAGUGACGGUGACAAUGACGGUGACGGUGACAGUGACAGUGACAGUGACAGUAGUAUGCAUGGAAGUGGGGGUGUGGGUGCAGAGUCUGAGGUGGAAGAGACACUGGACGACCUUCCAACGUAUCCGAAGGUGUCGGUUAAGCGCACCAAGUUCAGUGAUGACGAGGCUACAGGUACCCACCAGGAGGUGUGCGGAGCUCAAAGUACCGAACUUCCCGCGGCUGCAAGCGAUGGUAUUGACGGCGGCAGUGCUGAGGCGUCUGCGGCGGAUGCCUCGAGCUCGGAAAAUAGCGGUGCUGGACAAUUAACGAGGCAUCCCAACCGCACCGAUGUGCCGCAGGAGAUGGCGGAGCCCAAUACAUCGGAUAUGGUAGAGGGAGUAGGCGUGGCGCGUGAGGGUGUGCACGACAGUGAGGUCGAGAGCGAGUCAGAGUAUGAGAGUUCCAGUGAAACGCUACCGGAGCCAUACACAACGCCGAUGUAUAUGGACUCGGCCCAGGGCAGCUCAGGUGUCGUGAUGUCCAUAGACACCAGCGUGCUAUCGGUGGAUACGAGCAUACUGUCUAUGCAGAGUGACUACGAGAGUGCCGAGGAGGGCGAUGAUUUUGUGCCCAGUGCCAGCGGUGUGGGGAAUGGGGGCGGCCACGGCAGUAGCCAGACCACAGAAAUAGUUGUGAGUCAGACGACCACGACAUACACCAGCACACGUGCACCUGGCACAGGGCCUGGGAAUAUCCAGGACAUUAAAGGGGUGCCGUCCGGAGCGAGGGGCGAUGACGUAUCAAACCCUAAACCCUAAACCCUAACCUAUCAAACCCUACCGCUGUGCGAGUGCCCAGCUGAUGGCCCCGUCCGCGGAAGGCAGUGGGGGUGGGGGUGCGGGGGAUCGAAUGAGUGCACGUUGUGACUUAGCUGCAUGCGUGGUAGUACAGUCUACGUUGAGAAGCAUUGUUUGUCUGCGGCUGAGUGUCGUGCGUGUGUCUUGUCUGAGCUGGGUUCACACGAGUAUGUGUCGCGGCGUGUGCAUGUGUUCUAACGCACGGCAAGGGAACUUGCAAAAGAGUGGGGGAUGUGUGGAUGCACUUAGGGAUGGCAUAAAGUAAUCGCCAGCCGUAGGAGACACUACCCUCUCUUGUUACCUCUUGUCAGCUACCAUCCUUGGCGGAGGUCUCUACCAUCAGAAUAAGCGUGUUACACA